CGCUUUUUCGAUUCACCAGUGAAGUAUAAUGUAAUGUAACAAUUAAACUCCACCAUCAAAUUGUGACUUGUUGUUUUUGUUUUCAGCAGGACAAUGCCAAAAAAUGUUUCUUAUUCUGUUGUAAAAUGAACAUGUUUGAUCAUUUGAGCGAGCCGUAUCAUUUGGUGAUUUAUUAUAGAAAAUUGGUUUGAUAAUAACUUAUUAUUUACUGGAGAACUCGUAAACUUGAGAUCUAGUCGGCUCUUUUUUUUGUACACUGCGUUUACUUUACUUGCUAUGACGACAAACAGACUGGCCAGGUACAGUCCACUGGCUCAAAAUGAAUCCGGACACGGAGUUGACCCGGAAGAUGCAAAACCCUCCAACAGUUUCUCCAGAAUGAGGCAUUAUAGGGCAGAGAGACGAAAGUUCAGAAAGACGAAAACGUACAUUAUGCUCAAGAUAGGCUUCGUGGCCAUAAUGCUGUCUUUAUUCGUCACUUUGUCAGCUGUCGGAUCGUAUUUUAGACCGAGCAGUGAAUUCGCAGAUUCUAUUGAGGGUCGAUCGAGGCGUUCUGGAGAGGAGGGAGGGAAUGUGGCCCCCUGGGAGGAGUGUGACUGGGAGAAGGAAAGUGACGCCAGGAGAGUCAUCUUCAUCAUCAUAUGGCUGCUGUUGAUCGUAUGGGUAUUCAUAGGUCUGGCCAUCAUCUGUGAUGACUUCUUCGUGCCCUCUCUGGAGAUUAUCUCUGAGAGACUCAAUUUGACCGAAGAUGUGGCUGGCGCCACUUUUAUGGCUGCAGGUUCCUCAGCCCCCGAGUUGUUCACGUCUAUUGCGGGAGUGUCCUUCGAGAGUGACGUGGGAGUGGGCACAAUAGUGGGCAGUGCCAUCUUCAACCUCCUCAUAAUCAUCGCCCUCUCAGCCGCCCUAUCCAAAGAGGUGUUGAAACUAGACUGGCGCCCGAUGGCACGUGACUCCAUCUUCUACGCAGUGUCCAUCGUCAUGUUCAUCUGCUUCGCCUGGGAUGGGGAACUGCGGCUGUUCGAGUGUGGCAUCCUCUUCUUCUCCUACUGCGUCUACGUGGCCGUCAUGUUCGUCAACAAGCCACUCAUGAGGUUCCUCGCAUCAGUUGGCAACUGGUAA